GUGGCUUGUAAAAUAGGAAGCAGGAAAGUUUGAGUGCUUAGGCUUUAAGUGAAUCAAGACCAGCUCUCAGCAGUGGGAGGCAAUAUAUUAAUCCAUUGGAAGCACAGGCUGCAGUCUUCUGUGUCACUGUGAUUUGUGUACAAUUUUUUUUAAAAUGUAAACAGGGUAAAUAAGAAAGAAACAGAGGAGACUAUAGCAAAGCUCCCCUUAGUGACAAGAAUAAAGAGAACCCUAACAGAGCAUUGAGGAAGCCCAUUCUCCUUCCUCCUCAAAUUGCUGAUCAAAUGAAAUUCAAAUAAAACAAAAGAAAUAAACUGUCUUAGAGCAUGGACACCAGUAAGAAGCCAGACCCCCCUUUAUCUGUAGAAAUGGUACAACAAAGGGCCAAUCCUGAUCGCAGUCCUUCAGCAUCGAUUUAUGUUCCAGAGCAAGGUGGCUACAAAGAGAAAUUUGUAAAUGCCGUGGAAGAUAAGUACAAAUGUGAAAAAUGUCACCUCAUCUUAUGCAAUCCGAAACAGACUGAAUGUGGACACAGAUUCUGUGAGACCUGCAUGAAUGCCUUGCUAAGUUCUUCUAGUCCAAAAUGUACAGCGUGUCAAGAAAGCAUAGUAAAAGAUAAGGUAUUUAAAGAUAAUUGUUGCAGGAGAGAACUACUUGCCCUUCAAAUAUACUGCAGAAAUGAAAAUAAGGGCUGUAAAGAGCAACUGUCUUUGGGUCAAUUACUGAUGCAUUUGAAAACUGAUUGUCAGUUUGAAGAACUCUCGUGUCCUCAUGCUGAUUGCAAAGAAAAAAUACUGAGAAAAGACUUGCCAGACCAUGUAGAGAAGACCUGUAAAUACCGGGAGACAACCUGUAAAUACUGUAAAAGCCAAGUCCCAAUGAUUAUGUUGCAGAAACAUGAAGAUACAGACUGCCCGUGUGUCAUGGUUUCAUGUCCUCAUAAAUGUAGUGUUAAAACACUCAUGAGGAGCGAGUUGAAUGCACAUUUGUCAGAAUGUAUUAAUGCCCCAAGUACCUGUAGUUUUAAGCGUUAUGGCUGCACUUUUCAGGGAACAAACCAACAAAUUAAAGCACAUGAAGCCAGCUCAGCAGUGCAGCAUGUUAACUUAUUGAAAGAGUGGAGCAAUGCUCUAGAAAAUAAGGUUGCCUUGCUCCAGAAUGAAAGUUUGGAAAAGAACAAGAGUAUACAAACUUUACAUAAUCAGAUUUGUAGCUUUGAAAUAGAAAUUGAAAGACAGAAGGAAAUGCUGCGGAAUAAUGAAUCUAAAAUACUUCAUUUACAGCGAGUGAUAGACAGCCAAGCAGAGAAACUGAAAGAACUGGACAAAGAAAUCCGCCCCUUCCGACAGAACUGGGAGGAGGCUGACAGCAUGAAGAGCAGUGUCGAAUCCCUCCAGAACAGAGUGACUGAGCUGGAAAGUGUUGAUAAAACAGCAGGGCAAGGAGCUCGAAAUACAAGCCUGCUAGAGACACAGCUGAGCAGACAUGACCAGAUGCUGAGUGUUCAUGAUAUUCGGCUGGCUGACAUGGACCUCCGAUUCCAAGUUCUAGAAACUGCCAGUUACAACGGAGUAUUAAUUUGGAAAAUUCGAGAUUAUAAACGUCGGAAGCAAGAGGCAGUCAUGGGGAAGACUCUGUCCUUGUACAGCCAACCCUUUUAUACUGGAUACUUCGGCUACAAGAUGUGUGCCAGAGUUUACCUUAACGGAGAUGGCAUGGGAAAGGGGACGCACUUGUCGCUGUUUUUUGUCAUCAUGCGCGGAGAAUACGACGCGUUGCUUCCUUGGCCCUUCAAACAGAAAGUGACUCUCAUGCUGAUGGAUCAGGGACCCUCUCGACGCCACUUAGGAGAUGCUUUCAAGCCAGAUCCCAACAGCAGCAGUUUCAAGAAGCCAACUGGAGAAAUGAACAUUGCAUCUGGCUGCCCAGUCUUUGUGGCUCAAACUGUUCUAGAGAAUGGAACGUAUAUUAAAGAUGAUACUAUUUUUAUUAAAGUCAUAGUGGAUACAUCGGAUCUACCAGACCCCUGACAUACAACGGGGGAGGCAGAUUAAACAGAAGACAACUCCUUUUGGGGGUUUUACAUCAGUUUGUCUUCAAUCAGAGGUCCUAAAGCUCACAGAACCACCUUGUGGAACAGAUGGAAGAGUUUGAAGGCAUAACUGCAUAGGGUCCAAUUGCGAAAGUAGCAACACAUUAAGAAAUCAUACCAUGGUAUAUUUUUUAAUAGAACUAGCAACACUCAAGCUCUGAAGAAUCACUUAUCCCUCGUGAGGAUAAUGAUUAUUUUCAGAGAGGAUUUUUUUUUUAACUUAUUAAUGAUCUAGUCAAUUGGAGGUGAAAAGACAUAUACAGUUUGUGCUGAAUAAAUUACUGACUCUUAUUUCUUUAAGCUAGAAUACAAAAAAAAACCACACGUGGGCUAGCUGGAACUUGUCAGCAUGUUAAAAGAAGAAAUGAUGAAGUAAUGUUGCAAUUAUGAUAUUAUUUGAAAAACUGAGGUGCAAUCUUGUCUGAAAUAUAGUAUAUUGUCUUUUUAAGGCCUCAUCUGGUCUCUGUUUUAAUAAUUACUUUGUCAGAAGAUCUUGGAAAAGUAUCCAUGUCUUCUCAAAAGUACCUGAAUCAAAACCAUAUUUUUAUUUAAAGUUAUAUUGUUACAGAAAACAUUUUAUUUUAAAACUGUUGAUAGACUGAUAUUUCUUGGAAGAAAAAUAGAAGAUAUCAAACACUGGUUAUCACUUGUGAUAGGAAAAAAAACUAUUCAAUUCUGUUAUUUCUCUUUAGAAAUGUAAACCUACAAUAUAUGUCGUAGUUAAUGACACUAUUUCAAAAUUAAGGAAAAAUCACUCAUGGAUGCUGUGCAUCAUUAUCAGAUUUAUAAUUGUUUUCACCCUAAAAUAGGGCAUUUGUUGAACUUUGGAGUUCUAGACGGAAUCCUGUACAUUUUUUAAAGUUCUGCCCCAUGCUUUCCAAUCAAGCUAUAUAUGUUGCACAUUAUGCUGUCAGCAGUAUAUAGUAUUUUCAGUAUUGGGGAGGAGGAUUAGUGCUGAAAAAAAGCCUGUAUGUUUGUUGUGUACUAGCAGCCAUUGCUUCUUAAGGACAAAUCAGCAAUGUCUUAAUACAGUGAUGGUGGCUUGCAUGCAUACAUGUGCCUUACAUGUGCUGUGCUGCUUAUAAACCAUAGCUUUUUAUUCAGAUUAAUUCUGAUAUCUGAAAUGGUAGUUUAAUUGGACUUCAGGCAUAAUGUUUAGCCUUGUCUUCAGAGCCCUUAGGUACCCUGUCAUGUACAAAAUAGAAGCCAAAGCCCAUUUCUUUGGCUUCUGGAGCUUCUAUGACUUGGCCAUGGUGAAAUCCAUCCUAUUCAGGUGCCAAAACGUUAUGCUCAGUGCUCCUAUGGAGCUUGGGACUAGACAGUCUCCAUGGCCACUGUGAAGGCAGGUGACAUUUUUCCUCUAAUGCCUGUGGUUGUAAGGUGGCAUCACUUGAAAUGGACCCAUCUGAGAACCCCAUCUGUGGGGCUGUGAAUGUAUAUGCUCAUGACAGCUUUUCAUAGCAGACAAGCAUCCUAACGGGGAAUGCACAGGCUUCUUUCCUUUAACAGCCUGAACCACCGUGGAAAGCAAUUGCUAACCCUGAAACGUGCUGAUUGCAGCCUGCUGUGUUCAUCUGCUUCUAUUUAAUAGCCUGUGACAAGCAAAUCUAGAGACAGCCUGACUGUGGUGCUCUUUAAAGUCCAAGAACCGCCUCAGCAGAGCGGACUUGCACCACUGUGUUUUUAGCCUUCAUGGGCUUGAAGGAAGACGUUGCAUCUCAGCCUUUGAUGUCAGGUUGUAUCAGUUUCCUGCUUUUUGAGGCAUAGUCACAAUUUCUGUCUAAGGUGCAGUUGAAUUCAUGCCUUUGUAUUUCAGCUUGUCUUUGCCAUUGUCUUUUUUGGCUGUGCCUUCACACACAGUGCCUGCAAGAAAUAUUUAUGAAUAUACAAUGCAUGCUAAGUGGUCUUCAUGGGUUUUCCAGGCACCUGCUAGAAUACUGCCUGCUGCUGACAGUCGCAACAGUCAGCAGCAAUUUGUCUUCCUUUUCUUGCCUUCCAUUGUCCAGGUACUGUACUCCCUCUAUGGUACAUAGCUGUCACCAGGUGCAAACUCAACUAUGGGGGCAUGUGCUAGCAUUUAAAUUCUAGCACGGAAGGAGGACGUUCUGCACAAGAGAUAAAUAUCUAUAGAUAUAGCCCCAUCUAUAUCUCUAGAUAUCAUUAUAUGGCACUUGCAGUUUUAUGCAGGCUGCACAAGCAAACCCAUCACUUACGCUUUAGGGCGAAGGUUCGCUCGACUUGUGUCGUUUUAAUAAUUGUGAAUGUAGGCAGCUGAGCUUUUGUGUUUGUGCAUCACAGAAUUUUACUGAAAACAGGAUUCCCAAGUGGAAAUGUCCAAAGGACUCUCCUCCCAUUGCUAAUGCAUGUCUUGUAAACUUAAAUGAAACCAUUUGGCCAUCUCAAAACAGUUUCUAUCCUGUUUCGAUCUGGGACUCGGAGGAGAUUUUUAGUAAUCAGGGCCCAGCAUAUUCUGCAGAUUUUUAACUACAGUUUCCAGCUCCUGUGACAGAAUUGCGCUUCUAAAUCCAGGCUCUUUAAAAGAGGAGGAAAAAAAGUGUUUCCAGCCUUUGUCAUUGAAAGAGGACUUUGAAACAUGCGAAAAGUAUAAACUAAUAGGGAAGUCUUCCUGAGUCUGCACACAGCCUAAACCAGUAGCUUUAAGAGAUCUGAAUAUCUCCUCUUAGGGGGAUAUUGACUCAGAAACUUCACAGAGAAGUUUAAAUAUGAACACUCCUAACUAUAAUGCCGAUCACUGUAGCAGAAACAUCAGUCACUGUUGUAUUUCACAGAUCUCUAUGCUGCUUUCCACAUCUCCCAAGUGCCAAAAGCACCAGCUGCCAGAAUCUUCAGCUUCACUUGGGCAGCUUUUAUAAUUCAGUAACGUGCUAUCGAUAUAAAAAUAUUUUUGCAUAUAUGCUUUUUAUCACAGUUAAUAAAAAUGGAGGCCUACUGCACUUAUUUUUUAAAACUACAUGAAGCUGCCAGAGAAUUUCCAGUUUGCCAACCCUGCGUACUGUGAAAUCCAGGAUCCUGCUACACAAACGUAAACACCGCCUGCUGUGGAAUACCUGAAGCCUUGACUGUAACACUCCUUUCUCCGCAGAACUCACGGGCCAUCUCUGUAGAGUUCUUACUGUGUACAUAGAAAUCGGUUUCCUCUGCUUUCCGGCAAGGAGUAUGUAGCAUUUUGUGAAAACAAGGCCACUGUAUAUUCUCUAAAUUGAAAAGAAGAGAUACCUGGUGCUUUACUCAACACUUUAUUUAACCUUGUCUCUCACUGAAAUGCCCUUUAUCCUUUUUUUCCUAUGUGUUCCUGACCCAGAUAUCCAAAGUUUUCUAGGGAUUGUCUGUUUAAAGUGAUGCAUGUGGCAACGCUCUGCCCCCACGUAUACUCUUGAGUCCUGGCUAACUCCUGUGGUGUGCCAUUAUUGCAAGGGGGUGCCAGAGUAUUUGCAUGACUUUGAACAGUUUUUCUUCAAUAGAACCUCUUUUUCCUUUGCUUAGUAAUUCUUAGCAGUGCACAACUGAAGUCUCUUGCUGGUAUUCUUUCAUUAAUGAUGACACUCCAAGUUAGGUACAAGCCUCUUCUGUUUCCAGCUUUCUCUAGGGAGAUCCCAGUGUGUGACAAAUCUGGAUGUUGCCCUUUUUGUACGCUCUUCAGCACAGGGUGAGUGCAUCUGUUAAGGAGAAAGUCUUGAAUUCUAAACAGGAUGAAACUAUUUGGGUGUUUAAAGACGAAUCUGCGAUGAUGAUGUGUGGCCACAUCUGCAUUACUUCUCUGAUCUGAUUAAAGGGGUCUUGUUUCAGUUACUGUCUACAUGGUACACCUUCAACUACAAUAUGUAAUAUUGAUUUCAGCCUCGUACUGUAAAUGUUGUUCUUCACAAAGAGAAUGUGCAAUAGGAAAAGAGGAGGAUGGGUGUCACAGUUUUGAUGGGGGAAAAAAAUAAUGUUGUGGGUAACAUGCUAGCUUGCUUAUAAAUAUGAAAUACAGUUUACUUCCUUUUCCUGUGGGUUUUCCUACUCAGAAAAGGAAAGCUGAAGAUAAGUGCCCAUUUCUGUGCCUGGUGAAUUUCUCAAAUGCAAAGGUAAUAGAGAUUUGUCUUGUAAUUUAAGUGUCGAACCCAUGAAUGUUUGUGAUUGUGUUGCUCACAGUUCUUGGCUUGCCACAAUUAUGGCUUGUUGAGAUGGAGUUUAAAAGCUGCCACCUGUUUGUGUUUGUAUUCCAUCACGUGGGGUAGGCAUUUCACCAACAAUGCAGGGUUUCUGUUGUUUUGUUUCAUUUUUAAAACACUGGUGCUGUUUGGUCCCAGACAGAGAAGUGUGUAGGGAGUGACAAGAAAAGUUGCCUGCACCACAGAAGAGUGAAUAAUGUGACUGCAGUAUUGAUGCCUUGAUAUGAUUUUAACUAUGCAAAUACACAAAUAGGUGAAGGGGAAAAAUUCUUGGGUUGCAUACCUAAUCUCUUAGUUUUUGCUCUGUAAAUUACUCCUAUGUGUGUAGGUACAUACAUAUACACACAGACAUGCAUGCACAUAUAUAUGCAAAAUCUUUUCUUUACGUAGAAGUGAUGAAACAAAACCCUUUCCUCCAAGUUAUACUUGAUCAUUUGGUGCAAAUAUAACUUGCUGCUGCUAAGAGAGGAUCUUGGCUAUGGGCAAACUUUGGAUUCGCAUCUUCCAUGUUUGAAGACCUGUAUAUAGCAGUUUGUUUAACCUUUCUGAAAACCUUGGAAAGUCAUCUAGGACACGUCCUUCCUUAUACUCUGCUAAUUUGGAGAUUUCUGUAUUAUAAGCAAACAGAGUGAUGGGCAACUUGUUAAUUGCAAAUUGUUUCCUUGAAUUUUGGAACAAAAUAUAAUAAAAAGCAACUGGACCUCUU